AUGUGGAGCGGUCAGACCCAGACCCAGGACGCGGUGACCUUCCACGCAGAUAAACUGUCCUCAGCCACCAACCCGGACCAGAACCAGGCCGCCGCCAUCACCGUGACCUUCGACCGCUACAGCUACCCAGUGGUUCUGCCCAACGCCACCCGAGCCCACGACCAACGGCCCACACCGGUCCCCUCUGCCCCUCCCUCUGCUGCCGCUUCCCCCGAGCUCCCUCAGACUCGCUCGGACCUGGGACACUUCCGGAAGGAGAGCGUCCGCUACGAGUCCAACCUGCCGCAGUAUCUCCGACAGGUGGACUGGAUGAACCGUCAGGCUGUGGAGGAUGUACAUUGGCUGUUGGGCCAGUGGGGGGCGCCAGAGCAGCUGGACCUGGCUGUGGCCUUGGAGCUGCUGAGUCUGGACUUCAUCGACCACAGAGUCCGAAAACUCGCUGUGGACCGACUCUGGCACCUGAGCAACGAGGAGCUACUGCGCUACCUGCUCCAGCUGGUCCAGACCCUGAAGGUGGAGACGUAUCAUGACAGUUUCUUGGCUCAGUUUCUGAUCCAAAGAGCUCUGCAGAGUAAGAGGAUCGGACACUUCCUGUUCUGGUACAUGCGCAGUGAGGUCCUGGGCUGUCUGUUCUUCAGGCAGAGGAUGGCUGUGGUCCUGGAGGCCUACCUGCUGGGCUGUGGGCGGGACAUGACCCAGAGACUACAGCUGCAGGUGCAGGCGGUGGAGGCUCUGCAGACUGUGGCCCUGAGCCUCGACCAGCUCCUCCAGAAGAGAGACGUGGAUCCUCAAGCUCCUCAGUGGCUGCGUGACCUCCUUGAGAAGUGUGACCUUCCCUCAGAGUUUGUUUUGCCGUUCGACCCUCGAAUCAAAGUCGGAAAAAUCCUGCUGGGCCGCUGUAAGGUGAUGGCGUCUAAGAAGAAGCCGAUGUGGCUGGAGUUUGAGCCCAGUCCGACUCCGCUGAGCUCUGAGUCUGUGGGAGUCAUCUUUAAGUACGGAGACGACCUGCGACAAGACAUGCUGGUCAUACAGACCUUCGUGCUGAUGGACUCGAUCUGGCAGGACAAGUCUCUGGACCUGAACCUGGUCCCGUACGGCUGCAUCGCCACGGGAUACAAUAUUGGGAUGAUUCAAACUGUGCGUAACGCCGUUACCAUAGCAGCCAUACAGAGAAGUUUUGGGGGCAGUGCAAGCGCAUUUAAAGACGACGCACUGUUUGAAUGGCUCAAGUCCAAGUGCCCCCUGCAGGAGAUGCACUUCCAGACGGUCGAGACGUUCGUGAGGUCAUGUGCCGGAUACUGCGUGGCGAGCUACGUCCUUGGGAUCGGCGACCGUCACAACGACAACAUCAUGGUGACCGAGUCCGGAAACUUGUUCCACAUCGACUUCGGUCACAUCCUGGGGAACUGGAAACGCUUCCUGGGCCAGAGCCGAGAGCGCGUCCCCUUCGUGCUCACCCCAGACUUCCUCUACGUCAUGGGCCGCGUCAAGCCCAAGACCUCGCUGUACUUCGAGCGCUUUAAGGACCUCUGUCUGGAAGCCUACCUCUCCCUCUGCUCACGGUCCCACCUCCUGGUGACGCUGUUCUCCAUCAUGGAGCUGACUGGGAUCCGGGAGCUGAGCGAGGCGUCCGACAUGCGGUACCUGCGGGAGGUGCUGCAGGAGGGGCGGAGCCAGGAGCACGCGCGCUCGCACUUCCUGGAGCAGAUUGACGUCUGCGAGGCUGACAGCUGGAAGGUGCAGGCCAACUGGUGGUUCCACAUGGUCGCGGGGAGCAAGGGCUGA